AUGGGCGUGCUACUGCCUGCUGGGCUUUUCCGGUGGCUCUUCUGGCUCCUCUGCUUGCUCUUCACAGCGCAGGGAGAGCCUCUGACUGGCUCCCCCCGGAGUUGCGUGGCUGGCGAGCUUUGUGUCCUCACUGGCAUUGCAGGCACCGGGCUAUCAGAUGGGGACCUCGUCGCGAUGAUGAGUGUGUGCGGCACUGGGACUCCGUUGAGUGGAGCUCCUGGAGCAUUCGGAGAGACGCUGCCCGGCACCAUGGGCGGCACACAGUUCAUGUGGCCCGGUGUGCUCCAUGUCGAUGGGGGUGAGUACCGGCUUUGCUGGUGCAGCGUCGUCAACAGCUGCACCAACCCGGCAGAGUUCAACAUAGAUAUCGGCGCCCUGAUCGUCACAGGGCCCGUCUCUGGCCUAGCUGCGACCUGCGUUAGUGGCCGCCGGUGCGCGAUCGCGGACAUCAGUGGUGUUUACCUUCAGGAUGGCGACUCGGUGAUGGUGCUGACGGCCUGCGGUGGGGGUCUGCCCAUCGACGGCUUCCCAAACGGGGCAAGGACCACAACUGGUGCCAUCCAGGGCCGGGAGCACAGCUGGGGGGAGGCAAAGAUCUUCCCCGUGGGCGGGGACUACGUGCUGUGCUGGUGCGCAAAAGGAGCCACCUGCCUGCAGGCAUCCGACCACCGCAAGCAGCUGGGCCUCCUGCGGGUGCCAGGGCCCGCAGGGCAGUUUGUGAAGGUGUGCAGCACCUUCGAGGCCUGCACCUGGACCGGCUUUACGGGCACUGACCUACAGGAUGGAGACCGGAUCAUGCUGCUUAAGACUUGUGGCGAGGGCCCGGCAGUUUCAGGCUUCCCCAAUGCCGGCAUCGCCUUGGCCAGUGGAGGUGGUGGAGACUACACGUUCGGCAGCACCGACAACAUCAUCCGCGCUGGUGGUGCUGAGUAUGCUAUGUGCUGGUGCCAGGUGGAUGCCGAGCAUGUUUGCUCUGGCCCCGCGAAUUUCGUCACAAACGCUGGCCUUCUGAUCGUGUCCGGCGCGGCCAACGAUCACGACAUCGCCUGUGUUCAGGGCUUCCCCUGCAAGCUGAUGGGCUUCCGAGGAAUUGGCCUCACAGACGGAGACAAGAUCAAGGUCCUUUUCGAGUGCGGCACUGGGAUGAUUCCCAGUAACUGGCCCAAUUCAGCGGUGGCUGUGGCCUCCGAUGGUGGUGCCUCCUAUCUCACAUGGCAGGCGGACCCGCUGCAAGUUCAGUAUGGUAACUACCGGAUUUGCUGGUGCAAGAACGGCUGGACCUGUCCAGACAGUACGGCUGAUGGCUUCGUCAUGGAUGCUGGUGCUCUGCGCGUUGUCGGCAUUAAUCCGGGCCAGGAGAAGUCUUGCCACUCCCAAGCUCCCUGCAAAAUCGAGGGCCUUGUGGGCAACAAUCUUAGAAGUGGCGAUCUCAUGAAGAUCCUCACAGCUUGUGGCACUGGUCAGGAGGUGGACGGCUUUCCGAACAAUGGUACUUCCCUGCCCGCCACGAGCUCUGGGACGACGUUUUCGUGGGGUGUCGUGGACACGGUUCAGGCGGCCGUGGGUACCUACAGAAUGUGCUGGUGCCCUUUUGGCAACGCCGAUGGCUGCAGUGACGCCACGCACUUCGUGUCUGAGGCUGGCUUGCUGACGAUCCGUGGGCCACAGACGCUGGGCUUCAACGCCACUUGCGUCGCGAAUCAGCAGCCAAGCUGUGUGAUCGGCCCCAUUGAGGGAGGCAUCGGCCUGAGCUACGGCAGCGAUCGGGUGAUCCUGGUGAGCUCUGAUGGCACUUGUGGUGCGACUGCUGCUGAUCCUGCAGUCGCGGGCGGAACGGCUGGGAAGCAGGUGGGCGUGGACAAGUUUCUUCAGUUUAUGCCUGAGGAGCUUCCCUAUGGAGGCUCUUGGAAGUUGUGCUACUGCGCAGGCUUCGACUCCCCCUUGGACCAGGAGACCCAGAACUGCCAGUCCGAAGAGGACUUUACGGCAACGGCUGGGUACCUGACCGUUGCGGGAGCCUUCCCAGGGCAAGUCAUCAAUUGCACGCGAAACGAGGCCUGUGCCUUCAACCUGCCAGGCUACGGCCUCAACAGUGGGGUGCACAGGAUCGCCAUCCGUGACGAGAGCAGUGGCAGUUGCGGCGACUUCUUGACCAUCGACACGGCCACGAGACGCCGGCGGGACGUCGCAGCCAACCCGUACAUUCCGACGGGCGUAACGCAAGAUGGAGACCUGGCUUUCGCAAUCGAUCCCAUUCAGGCUCUGGACGCCUUUGUGAUUUGCUUCUGCGUGCCCUCGCCAGGGGGUGGCCUCUGCAGCAGCACAAGCCUGUCCACCUACCAUCAGACAAUUGGUGUUCUGGACGUCCGCGGCGCCACGCCCAAUCAGCAGUUCAGCUGCGGAAGGGGCGGGCGGUGCACCCUGGAAAUCACCGGCCGUGGAUUAGGCGUCUCGGACCGGGUGAAGAUCGUGAACUCCACGACGCCCUGCUCGGGGGAGCCUGAAGAGACAGGGUUCUUCAAGUCCUUGCUCCUCGCAGACCCUGUGCCUGCCACAUCAGACACUUUGGCCAGGUUCUCCCUGGGGCAAGUCACGGCCGGAGGCAUCUUCAAGGUCUGCUACUGUGCCAACCUUGACUCCUGCAACUCUUUGGAGGCCUUCAACCACCAAGCCGGCGAACUGGAGAUCAUGGACCCCCUGUCCGAUGUGGUGUUCGAGUCCGCGACCGUGGCAUCUCUCACAGUUCAGGUCCAGUCGAGCUUGGAUAGCACCUCCUCCUACAUCCGCUGUGCCAUCUCGGAGUACGAGCCCUCCUACCUCCCGAACGGCGCCGACAUCGCCAAUGGCCUCAGCCCGAUCGGCCUUGGCCAGGGGCAGGCCACGACACCUACACAGCCAGGUGCCAACAAGGUCGAGAUGUUCUUCAAGACCUUCGUCAAGCCUCUGCAGCAGUACCGUGUCUGGUGCGUGGAGGGAUCCGCGCUGUCCUUCAUCCUUCCCCAGACGCCUGGCGGCCUCCUCAUCUACACGCCCGCAAGCGUCGAGGCUCCGAGGUUGCAGGUCUUCCCAAGCUUCCUCUGGCCUCAGGCCUCCUUCUAUGCGGAGCUGUACAAUGUCGAUUCCGGGGUCAUCGCUAGUGGUCGGCGGCUGGCAACCACCGACGUGCGUGUUCAAACGAGUGCCAGCCCCUUCAUGUGCAAUAGCAUGACCUACGACGCGGCCAUCGCGACACAGGUCGUGGACCCUGGCACCGCUGGGCAGAACGAUGCCCGGAUACGUUCCAUCCAGACGCUGGAGGCCUCAGCGGUCCGCCGGUACCUUUGCUUCUUUGCCGAGCCCCGUGCCACUGGCAUCGCGCUGGUGGGGGAUGACCGGCUGGUGGUCCAGUCACAGGUCCCAGGAUUCACUGUGCAGCGCCUGGAUGGCCUGGUACUUCAACGGUUCUAUCGUGGGCUCCUGCUGCGCGUGAACCUCGAGAAUGCCGGCUCCUCUGAUGGUCUUCUCCACUGGGCGACGCAGGCAGACUUCGACGCCACGGGCUGUGCCACAGCAAGCCGUGCACCGCCUGUGGCACAGGGUGCGUCUCAGGGUCAGACCGGCUACUUCACAACUCAGGCCUCUGCUGGGUUCUAUGCCCUUUGCUUCCUCGGGGUGGUCUCUGAAAGUGGCACGAAUGCGCCCAUGAACAGCAUCGGCUCCUUUGAGCUGGCGACGGUCAUCAGCAGCGUCGGCCCUGCCACAGACCCGCCUUCAAGCCGAAGCCUCUUGCGGCUGAAGCUGGAGGUGCGAAUGCCAGGCACCGUCACUUGCAUCGCCAGGAAGCAGGAGGGAACAGUGGUGCCGGGCGACUUCAGCACAGGAAUCCUCUACGAAGGCCGUGGCUCGAUAGUGAUUCCGGCAGUCCUUCCUGGCAUGGAUCCCGAGUUCCCCCGGGAGUUCACCUUGGAAGUUCCCCUGGUGGAGUACCAGCGAGACACCUCGUCCUUGAGGGUCUGGUGCCUGCAUUCCCUGGCAGAGUCCGCGCCCUUUCCCGACAGCUCCCAAGGUUCCGAGAUCCAGCUGCUGGCCCAGGACAUAUCUGUGACGCCCGAGCCUGCCUUCCUUUGGACGGGCGCCAGCUUUCGGCUCGCCCUGGCAAACACCCCGGCGGUGUCGGGGAAGCUCCUGGCUUUGCACAGCCCAGCUUUGCCCUUCGGCUGGCGCUCCGAGGUGGCGGUCGUGGACGGGCUGAAGACCCUCCGCUACGUCGCCCCCAGUGGCAACAGCCAGCUCGAGCAUCCCCGUUACUUGGAGUGGCUCGAUGGAGUGGCAGGGGUGGACCUGUGCCUUGGCGCCAACGCCUCCGCGGCGAAGCCGGUGGACGCCCAGUCCUUCACGGAGACCUCCGAGUGGUUUGCGGCGGACGCGGAAGGCAGCUUCGUGUGCUUCUGGGCGGCGCCCACCGGCUUCCCGCACUUCGCAGGAAAGCUGGCGAUCCGUGCCCAGCCCCCGGAACGCCUCUUGCAGGUGGUGGGGCAGUUCCAGUCCUUCGUCUACCGUGGCGCGGCCCUGACGCUGCAGUUGAGGCACGGCUCCGACACGGGCGGCCGGCUUUUAGUGCUCAAGAAGGAGAUCUUCAACAGCUUCGGGGGCCACUGCCAGGACAUGACGGCCCUGAGGAGGCUGAGCACGGAGAGUCCUCAGAAUCUGAGCAACGAGACCUGGACCUGGCCCCGGGUCCGGGCCCUUCAGGUGGAUCCCAUCGCCUCCUCGGAGAACUGCACCAGCACGCCGCGGAAGACGACCGACCUGAAGUUGGUGGAUGCGAAUACGGUCUUCCCCACGGCCGUGUGGGGCGUCCCGGGCACGGCGGGCUCCAACUGCAGCAGGGACUACCGGAUCUACUGGUCCCCGGAUCUGGAGAUGACGGCCAUCCUGGGAGACAAGGCGAGCGGCCGCUACCUGCUGGUCACCUCCAACUCCAGCGUCCUGACGUUCUUCGUGCCGAAAAUCCGGCUGUUGAGCGUCAGCAACGAGCUGCCUCAGAGCAAUGAAGUGGUGGUGCACAGGGACUUCACCACCAUCGAUGCCAGCUUGGCCCAGCACUUUGUGGCCUCAACGGCCGACUGCUCUGCCAAGAUCUUGCUCGAUCCGGCGAGCCCGAUGUAUGAGGAAGGGGCUGAAAACCUGCCCAUUUCGCAGUACCUCCAAGCAGCGCUUUACCUGGAAGGCUUCAACUUUCAGGCCGUCGCGUACAUGCCGGACGUCAGCUCCGUGAUUUCGGGGGAGGCCGUGUGCGGCGUGCUUCAGCCACCCGCGCCGCCUCCGCCGCGGAUGGAGACCGCCUUCGACAUCGACAAGCCGGGACUUGGACGGACGGUCACAAAUGGCCAGGUCUUUGUUCCGGCCAUUGCCAACGGCACUGGUAGCUUCCUGCAUACGGAGCCUUUGGGCGAGUACGUUGCGUGCUACGCCGGUGACGAGCAGGACGCCACCCCCAUCUUCAACCCCAUCGGGGAUGUCUUUCCGUCGAUCGAUGUGCUGACCAACCUCUUUGCAGCUGAGACCCAGGUGUCCACCUCGCUGGCCGCCUACCUCAACGUCACCUCGCAGAUCCGGGGCAUCGUCCGCUGCGUGGCCCUCCUAACCAAGCUGAAUGCCCCGCAGGAGCCCCAAGCGGUCUUCGUGCCCGAUCAGGACUCCUCGAGCUACGUGGGCGCAUCUGAUCUGAUCCAGUUCGACUUGCCAGGAAGCCACCAGCUCAUUGAAAUGCAGCUCCAGCAAAGUAAAGUCGGGUUCCUGGCACCCGCUCUUCAGUUCCCUGGCGCUGCGCCCAGCCUCUUCGUUUGGUGCGGCCAUGAUGGCUCCACUGUGGUGUACCCUUCAAGCACAACACCCAUCCAACUAGACAUCCAGGCAAGACAGCCGCCACCCUUCAUCUACAAGCAGUUCAAUGCCAGCAUCACAUCUGUGGCCCUCACCCUGCAGUUGGAGUUCUCACCCCUGGUGGCAGAGUUCUCGGAGCUCGAUUUCCCCAGGAAUUACUACGACCAAGCGGAGUUUCGGGCACGACCCUCCUUACCAGCCGGGCUGAGUAUCGAUGUGAACACCGGCGAGAUAUCCGGCAUCCCGAUCCUGGCAGGGCUCUUCUAUCGGACUAUCGUCGCCAUCUCCCGCAACCCACCUCGUGCCAGCGCGAGCUUUGACCUCGAGAUUCAGGUCAAGGAUGUCCUGGGACUGCGAUUUACAAGUGCUAGUGCCGACAAUAUGCUCCUGAGCAUCCAGCCGCGAUCGACCAACAUCUUUCGGCCACAGAAGGCCUUCCUCCUGGCCCGGAGGAGGACGUCACCGUUUACGGAUACACCCGAUGAGUUCUUCUGCAUCAACGCCUUGCGAGAUAUCCCCUUCCGGAACAUUUCCGAAACCGAGUGUUCCAUCCAAGACGAGGUCUGCUGCUGUGCCAGCUACAUCCUCCUCCACAUGCCCGUGCAGGACAUUCGGAUACGGACCGCCGACUGCGGCUUCGAAGCGACGGAGCGUUACCACAUCGCUGGGCUCACGGAGGGCUUGCUGCAGACCAGCGACGGCGUCCUCCGCCCUGCGCGGCUGCACUCCUCGCUCAAGGCCUAUGCCACCAUGCCGCCCGAGGUCACUGCGCAGGACAAAAAGCCCGUGCGGUUCGACCUGGUGGUGCUGAUGCCCUUUGCGGAGUACUCGGCCCAGAAGGAGAACUUUGACAAGGAGCUGAUCCGGGAGCUCUCCGAGGCCGUCUUCAUCCCCGAGGACCUCGUGGACAUCUUGGACGUGAAGGAGGAGCGAGCGGGCGCCAUUGAGUUUACCAUGAGCUUCUCGGUGGAGCCGCGCUGCCUCCAAGAGUUGGGCCCUGAGGUGGACUUGCUGUCCUUCGGCAUCGACACCAAGGAAGGCUGCAACCUCGUGGCCCCCGUCGAGUACAUGAACGAGCUCAAGACGCAGCUCUCCAACCCGGACUCCGCUUUGUUCUACCAGAGCGACCUGGUGAUGUUGAACAAGGUGGUUUCCGAGAGGUCAUUUGGCUUCUCCCAGCAGUUUUUCUGCAGCAAGGAGCCCUUCUGGCAGUUUGCCGCCGUGGUGCUCACAGAGAGCGACUGCCCCUUCGAUUUGGUGAAGCUCGGCGGCUUUGCGCUGGUGGGCGGCACCGUGGCUGUGACGCUGCUCCUCGCCGGGGUGGCCCGCCUGGCGCGCGAGUGUGGCGGCUGCAUCCGCCUCGCCAAGGUCCGGCUUUUCGACGUCCUCACGCCCUUGAUGGGCCUUUACACCACAACCGCAGACUAUGCCUGGCUGAUCUACUUGCAGGCCGAGAAUGCGCACCCCCUGCAUGGGACGCUCUUCCUGGGUGGCCUGUGCACACUGCUGCUUUGUUUCGUCGUAAAUGCUGCCGCGCUUCGGAUGACCAUCACCACGUACAUCAUCGACACGCCAUGGUGGCGCAAGAAUCGGAAAAGGCUUCGGCUCAUUCUGCUGCUUUCGGUACUUUCGCCCCGCUUCUUCCGCAUCACGUAUUCACACAUCGGCUCCAUCGACCGCACCCACAUCCACUUCGGCACUCCGUCGAAGAUGGCGGUCGUGUUCGCCAAGCUGGGCCUGGCAACCUUGCUCCAGGACAUUCCGCUGCUCCUGGUCCAGCUUUAUGUUUGGCUCAUCUGGCGCAACCUCGCGCCCAAGGUGAGCCUUCUUUGCUUCGUGCUGAAAGCACAGAGCCUCUUCACCACCGUCCUGCACCACGCCUUCUCGCGCUCGCAGCGCGCGGCGUACGAGCGGGUCGUAAAGCUGCUGGGCCUGCGCCGGCUCACCGCGGGCUUCUUCGAUGUCAGCGCCGGCGUUGGCACUCAGGCUGGGAAGGGCACCGAUGGCAUGCGGUCGGGCGGAGGGAAGCGGACGGACGACUUUGGUGAGACCUUCAACGCGGAGGGGGUGCUGGACCCAACCAAGUUGGAUCCCAUACAGGCUGCCAUGUACGUGGCUCAGAUGUACGACAAGAAGCAACACCCACAGGAGAAAGAGGAGGAGCUCUCCUCUGACAGCCAAGGGAGCGAGAGCUCCGGAAGCGAGGACGCCCCGCCGGACUCCCCCCAAGAGGGGAAGGGCCGAGCGAAUGUGGCUAAGACCCUCUAUCCCCCGGGCCUCUACGAGAAGAUGCAGAAGUUCUACUCCUUGCAUGACCCAACGAAACUCUCGACGAUCGCGCGGGGCAACUCGCCCGUCGAUGAAGAGGCUCUGGACGCCGAACUGAAGAGCAAGUUCGGCGUGGGCUUGGACUCCAUCCAGUGA